CGGCUUCGGUUUCAGCACCGGCUGUUUGGCUGGGAGGACAGGUAGAGUCAACGGACGUGACACGGGCAGCAGCCAACACGGCUGCUACCUGCGGCUUCGGCUUCAGCAUCGGCUGUGCGUCUGGAAGGGUCCCUGGCCACAGGGAGAGCAUUUACCGGGCAGCACUUCACCAGAAAGCAUGGCGUGAGAGACUUUUGCUCCAAGGGUGACGGCCACAACGAAGCCGCCAAGGACUUUUCAGCAGAGAAGCCUCUGAGGACUGACCGCUGAUUAGACACUGGACUCAGGAGGGAUGACUGCUGUUGAACUUUUUUGCUAACUUGCAGCAGGAAGCGAGGAGGCGGACAGUGUGGCCCAUCUACAAUCACAGCAUGACAAGCUACACAGAUAAAGGGGAGAAGCCUGAAAGGGGAAGGUUUCUCAGGUUUCAUCAUCUCACCUUCUGGGUUGGCAAUGCCAAACAGGCGGCCUCGUACUACUGUGAUAAGAUGGGCUUCGAGCCUGUGGCCUAUAAGGGUUUGGAGACCGGCAGCCGAGAGGUUGUGUCUCAUGUCAUCAGACAGGAUAAGAUAAUAUUUGCGUUUGAAUCUCCGCUUAAUCCUGGCAAUGAAGAAAUGGGAGAACACAUGAUUAAGCACGGAGACGGAGUGAAAGACGUCGCUUUCCAAGUGGAGGACUGUGACCACUUAAUCAAGACAGCUAAAGAGCGGGGAGCUGUAGUCAUCAAGGGGCCCUGGGUGGAGCAGGACAGCCAUGGGAGUGUCAAGUAUGCUGUGGUUCAGACGUAUGGAGAUACAACACACACACUCAUUGAGUAUCUCGGACCCUACAAAGGCCUUUUCCUGCCCGGCUACAAAGAGCCUCUGUUUAGGGAUCCUCUGUUAGCCAAACUUCCACCAGCAGGUUUGAACUUCAUUGAUCAUGUUGUGGGAAACCAGCCAGAUGAACAAAUGGUGCCAGUUUCAGACUGGUAUCAGAAGUGUUUGAUGUUCCAUCGGUUCUGGUCAAUAGAUGACAAGCAAAUCCACACGCAGUACAGCGCGCUGAGGUCCAUAGUGGUGACAAACUACGAAGAGACCAUUAAGAUGCCCAUCAAUGAACCUGCGCUGGGGAAAAAGAAGUCACAAAUCCAGGAAUAUGUGGACUAUAACGGCGGGCCAGGUGUUCAGCACAUCGCACUCAACACGUCAAACAUUAUUCAAACCAUAGUGAACCUGCGCGCCCGAGGGAUGGAGUUCCUCUCAGCGCCUGACACGUACUAUGAAACCCUGCGGGAGAAACUCAAAACCGCCAAGAUCAAGGUGAAGGAGGACCUCAACCGUUUACAGGAACUGAAAAUCUUAGUUGACUUUGAUGACAAGGGCUACCUCCUCCAAAUCUUCACCAAACCUGUGCAGGACAGACCAACCCUCUUCUUGGAGGUCAUUCAGAGGAACAACCACUUUGGUUUCGGGGCAGGAAACUUCAAGUCUCUCUUUGAGGCCAUUGAGAAGGACCAAGACGCCAGGGGCAACCUCACUGUGCUGACACCCAAAGGGCAGGCCAAGGCCUUCUACUGAUCCUCCGACUGCUGCUGCACCACACUUAGAUUGUUAUAUAUGGCUGUACAUUUCAGAGGCAAUCAACACCACAUCUACAGUAAAUCAAACACAUGUACAGAGUGUUGAAUAUCUUCAUGUGACAAGCAGCAAGUGUUAUCAGAUACGCUUUGAGCUGUCAGUAGAUUGC